AUUUAUUUUAUUAAUUAAAAUUCCUUUUUACUAAGUUUUUAUAUUUAAUUUAAAUAACCAAAUAAAAGAGAAAAUUGAGACAUUUCUCAAGAUCUCAUAUAGGACGAGUAUACACCGACAACCUUAUUAGCUAUUUUCCGUUACUUUGAGAUCGGACGAUUUCCAGCCGUCCGAUCUCGGUUCAGUUACAGAUCCGAAUACCCAUUUGCUGAACUGGAUGAUUCAAUCUUCUUUACUUCGGAGUAUCAUCAAAUUCUGGUGCUAUAUUUCCAUUUCAUAAUGCAUAAUGUCUAAUGUUAUGUACUGAUUCCUCUGGUGCUUUCCAAACAGCCAAGGCUGUUUGAGCUCAAAAUUAAGCUGCUAUGGGAUCUGAUGGUCAAAAUUGGUAUUUGGAUUUAACCUAUGAUCAAUGGGUUCCUUUGUCUGUCUCUGGUCCGAGACCAGCUGCGCGCUACAAGCAUGCAGCUGCCACAGUUGAUGGAAAAUUAUAUAUCAUUGGUGGAAGUCGUAAUGGACGAUACCUGUCUGACAUUCAGGUCUUUGAUCUGAAAAGUUUGACAUGGUCCACUAUAAAGUUGAAUUCUGGAGUUCUUCCAGCUACCUCUGGCCACAAUAUGAUUAUGUGGGAAAAUAAGCUUCUAUUUCUUGCUGGUCACUCAAAGGAUGUUUCUGACACAGUAACAGUUCGGUUCAUUGAUCUUCAAUCAUAUGAAUGUGGUGUUAUAGAGACCUUUGGAAAACUUCCGGUAGCUCGAGGUGGGCAAUCGGUUACCCUUUUUGGAUCUAAACUCAUAAUGUUCGGUGGAGAAGACCGGCAUAGGCGUCUGCUAAAUGAUGUUAGUGUUCUUGAUCUAGAGACAAUGAGUUGGAGUAAUGUUGAGACCACGCAGACAUCCCCAGCUCCCAGGUUCGAUCAUACAGCUGCACUCCAUGCCGACCGCUACCUUCUGAUUCUGGGUGGAUGUUCUCAUUCAAUUUUUUUCAACGAUCUUCAUGUCCUUGACUUGGAAACGAUGGAAUGGUCUCAACCACAACUUCAGGGGGAUCUGGUUAGUCCAAGAGCUGGUCAUGCUGGUGUCACUCUAGGUGACAACUGGUAUAUUGUUGGUGGUGGAGAUAACAGAAGCGGUGUGCCAGAAACUCUCGUGUUAAAUAUGUCGAAGCUUGUAGUGUCUGUAUUAGCAACUGUAAAGGGGAGAGAUCCACUCGCGAGUGAGGGACUGAGUGUUUCUUCAGCAUCACUUGAUGGUGAGAAAUUCUUGGUUGCUUUUGGUGGCUACAACGGGAAGUACAAUAACGAGGUAUAUGUUAUGAGGCCUAAACCAAGGGAUGUAUUACAUCCUAAGAUACUUCAAUCACCGGCAGCCGAAGCAGCAGCAGCUUCUGUCAGAGCUGCAUAUGCCUUAACUAAACCAGAGAAGUUAGACUUGCCCGAGAGAGAAGAUUCCAAUUUUAAGGAAGUCCAUGUUGAUAGCGCCCAGCAUAAUCUUUCGGUAGAAAUUAGUGCACUUGGAGAACAAAAAAAGGUGUUGGAGUCAUCAAUUGCAGAUGUCAGAGCAGAAAAUGCUAAUCUCAGGACUAAUCUUGAUGAUGUCAAUGCCACUCAUGCUGACUUGUCUAAGGAGCUUCAGUCAGUUCAAGGUCAACUUAUAUCUGAGAGAUCAAGAUGUGCUAAACUGGAGGCACAAAUAGGAGAGCUACAGAAGAUGCUAGAGUCUAUGAAGUCUAUAGAGGAGGAAGUUCAAGCUCUACGAAGGGAGAAAUCUGAAUUGGAACGUGACAUGGAGCGUGCUUCAUCUGUCCAGAAACAGGGCUCGGGCGGUUGGAAGUGGAUUACUGGAUAAGUAUUUGAAGGAAGUUGCAUAUUUGCAACCUUAGUUUUUUCCUUUUCUUAUGCAUCUUGCAAAAGAAAAGUUUACCAGCAUUUUGGUGUUCUUGUAUGCUGUUUGUAAGAGGAAGUGCAACUUCGGAAUUUUUGUUGAAAAACCAUAUCAUUCUUUUUUACUGGCUUUCUUUUUAUGUUGUGACACUUGCAUUUUGUAAUGGCAAUAUUUCAUUGUAGCUAAUAGAUUGUAUUUGAACGUCA